GACGUCACAGCAGUCUGAAAGAAGAUACAAUAACAAUCAGCGGUGAUCGCAGAGAUACAUUGUAGCGCUGAUCUGGAGGGAUCCCAGGGAAGAAGGGAUCGACUAGGAGGGGAUCCAGCACCGCAGCCAUGGUGUCACCGGUUACUGUGGUCAAGUGUGAAGGCCCGAAGCUGGUCCCGUUCUUCAAGGCCACUUGCGUCUACUUUGUCCUGUGGUUGCCGACCUCCAGCCCGUCCUGGUUCAGUGCCCUCAUCAAGUGUCUGCCUAUAUUCUGCCUGUGGGUUUUCCUUCUGGCCCACGGGGUGAACUUCCUCGUCAGCCAUGGCAGUGCCAAGAGGAUCUUUGCAGGACUAAUCUUCUCGGCAGUGGGCGAUGCCUUCCUGAUUUGGCAGGAACAGGGAUACUUUGUUCAUGGUUUGCUGAUGUUUGCCAUCACGCACAUCCUGUAUUCUUCUGCAUUCGGGAUGAAACCAUUGGACCUCCGGACCGGUGCCGUGAUGGGCUUUAUAUCCAGCAUUUUAUACUCUUUCUUGUACUCUUAUCUCUCAGGUCCAUUCACCUACUUGGUGGCCGUCUACACCGCUCUCAUUGCCUUCAUGGGCUGGCGCGCCGUUGCCGGGGUGCAGCUGUGCAAUGACCUAUGGACAUGGACAAAACUGUCAGCAUGCAUCGGUGCUGUGCUCUUCAUAGUGUCUGACCUGACUAUCGCGGUCAAUAAAUUCUGCUUCCCCGUCCCAUGCUCCAGAACCAUCAUAAUGGCCACCUAUUACACGGCCCAGAUGUUGAUCUCCUUGUCAGCCGUGGAGUGCAGGGACGAAGAUGAUUAUAGGAAGAAGAAGUGAAUUCUUGACUAGUUUGGAAACUUGGGAACAUUUCUCCUGGUGAGAUAUUUAUCUCCAGUGCAUUGAUCGUGAUUUUGCUUCUUUGAAGCAGUGACGUCUGCUUCGCCGGUGCCCUUUAAAUAUGGUUUUAUGGUCAGUGUGGCUGCAAUGACAGAUGCCAGCAAUGGUCAUCGAGAAGGUCCCCGCUCUUCCUUUGCAUUGCUUGAGGCUGGGUCUAUGUGAAGCUUCUCAACACUAUGUCCUGUAUUUCAUGCACAUCCUAUAACUUAUGUAUUCCAGAGGGCUCUGUUCAGCAUCAUGGUCCACAUCCAGGACACCCUCUCAAUGUGCAGGACUUAACCGCUGUAUAUCUAUAGUCCUCAGGCAACGGCAUGGACUGAACUUCUGAGACAUCCUGGAUAAGUAUUGAUCAGAGCCCUACGGUCAGUCCUAGCCUGGGACUUCUCUGUAAUAUGACCACUACAUACAACAAUCUGGUGCUGCUUUUGGCCAGUUCAGGAGGCUGUGAGAUGUAGCUCAUACUGUAUGCCCAUGAGUCUGACUCUCCUGUUAUGGGGGUUGUCCUACAACGUUCAUUAGAAGAUGCAGAUUUGACCCGGAAGUGGUGAUGACGUGACUACAAUGUACAUGAAUAUGUUAUAUGGCUCCUCAGGGGCGGUGCCAGCUAGAGAAGUUGCUCAGUCCAGAAACCAUGCAAUGAUGAUGUCCCUCACACUCUGCUGACACUUUAAUGGCAGCAAUUUGGCCUUGACUUUCUAGCAUGUCUUGAUUCUGCCUCCCAAAAUCUAUGAAGACAAUGCGUGGGGUAUUAGGCAGUGCAGGUGUAGAAGAGCCCAUCCUGAGAGCCUCAUACACUCUCCUGCACCUGGGAUGACGCCUCCUGGAUGAGACUUCUACCAACCCCAUCACUCCCUUUUAAAAGCAAUUUCAGUCAAAGGAAAUGUGCCUGUCUUCAGGUCUAUAUUUUUGGCAUAAGAAGACAUAAUUCCAGCUAGAUUCUUGUCCGUAGGGGGCAGUUAUGGCACUAACACUGGUUUCGUAAUGACGUUCAGGUAGUCAGGACAGUGACUCCCACACUACUGUUGUCACCAUAUGGAUCAGUCAGCAGGGGGCGACAAUGGACACACGAAAAAGCUCUACCCGUAGUAUUGAGAAUGUGAAUCUGAGCUCCCUCGUUAAGCUGGGGAGACCAUGUACAAUAAAAUGACGGUAUUUAUAGAACCAUUUCAUUUAAGAAUAUUUAUUGCAUCAUUGAUGUUAAUAUCUGGUAAAGGGUUUCUACGGAAUUAGAAUAACAUGGCAGCUUUCUUUUGGAAACAGUGCCGCACCUGUCAGCAGGUGGUGUGUGGUAUUGCAGCUCUGAUCCUUUGAUGUGAAUGGGGCUGUGUUACAAUACUACGCACAGCCUGUUGACAUGUGUUGCACUGUCUGUGGAAGAGAGCAGCCAUGUUUUUCCAUUCUUGGACUGGAGAUGCUCUUUACAGGAACGCUCCCAUCUCAAGGAUAUGCCAUAAAUGUCCGUGUCCCACCUGCCACUUGCUCUUGUCUUACACAGACUUCAGUGGAGAGGGUGAAACUGCUCUUCUCCCAAUAAGUGAGGGUCCCAAAGGUCCCUUCACCUAUCAGGCAUGUAUGUCAGAUCCUUAAAGGGGACUUGUCAAAUUGAACACGCUGUCUCAUCUGCCAGGCCCAUUUCAUAGAACAGGAGGAGCUGAACAGAUUGAUAUAUAGUUUUAUAGGAAAAGAUUCAGUAGAACUUGUCAUAUAUUCAUUGUAACCUUUGCUCUUUCUAUGCAGUGGGCGGUCCUGGCUGGGCGGUCCUAGUUGUCACUGAAUAGGACCGCCCACUGCACAGAAAGAGCAAAGGUUACAAUGAAUAUAUGACAAGUUCUACUUAAGAUUUUCCCAUAAAACUAUAUAUCAGUCUGCUCAGCUCCUCCUGCUCUAUAACAAGAUGCUGGCAGAUCAGACUCCAUAUUCAUACUGUCAGGUUCCCUUUAAGAUAGGAAUACCCCUUAAUUACUUAAAUUACUAGAGUUUAAUGCUUCUUUUGACUUCUCCACCCAUGUGUUGAGCUUACAAACGGUUGGACCAGAUGGACUUUUCAACCUCAUUAUUUUUCUUUUUUUUUUAUCCAUAAUUUACAUUGUUUAAAAAAAAAAAAAAACAUAAAAAAAUUCAGGAUAGACCUGACUUUUUUUUUUUUUUUUAUAUAUAUUAUAUUAUGUUUACCCAGUAUAUCAGUUCUAGAUUAUAGUGUUGAUUCUAGAACUUAGGUGCAAUCAUCUAUUUUGUUUUUCUGUGUUCGGAGAAUUUUUUCUUUUAUGUUUUUAGUAGAUCAUUUUUUAGGUGUGCCUCUGUAGAUCUGUGAAAAGGCAAACACUUUAAUGUCUGGCCUAUUGAUAGGACUGGAGACUUCUGACAUAGGUGUAUGAAGCAAGAGGUCUACAGCGUUAACCCAUAUUCAGCUCUUAUUUUAUUAUAAACUUGUGUUUGGUGAUUUUUUUUAAUUUUUUCUAUGUGCAGGGUAAUUAAUAGCGCAAUUCCACUUCAAAAAAUGUUUUCAAGGUAUAAAUCUGCAUAAAAAGUUGUGUAACUUUGCAAAUACAUUGCUUUAUUGUUUUUGCAUCAUUUUUCAAUUAUUUCAGGUCGUUUUAUCCAUUCCUGCAUAGAGCUGUCUUCAAAAUUCUGCUGGUUGCCCUUGGAUACAGACAUUGGUUUAGCUCCACCCCACUGUCAGACAUGUGACCUGCUUAGAGCUCCCACAAUGCACUGCUCUCUGGUCACAGGACACCAGCAGAUUUGAAUUUUGCUUUAGAAGUGACUGGAGAAUGCAGAAUUUUGCGUUAGUAUUGAAUGGAGAAGAAGAAAAAAAACACAGUGUAACGCAAGAUUGGGACAAGAUUAGUAAAGCAAAGAGUUUACAACCUCUAUGAACAUUUUAUGUCACUUGUAUCUCUUGUCCACUUUGUUUCUAAAUAAAGUUUAUUGAAACAAGCUCUCCAUGUGGACUUACUAUGUAUUUUAUUAUGCUCUGUGUGCCGAUUCCGUCCUGAAGAAGAUAACACCGCUGAACGGACUGUCCGCUAGAAGGACUGAUACAUGGGCGACUGUUUGGACUCCUGUCUGCUUGUUUCAAUAAACUUUAUUAACAAGGAAAUUGACAAUGAUGUCUUUUUGAUUCCCUGGGGUGACAGGUAUUUACUGAUAAGCCAAAAAUAAUGUAUGUGUUGGUGUUAGACAACCGGCAUUGUACCACCGCCAUCUUAUAAUUUACGUCUUGCAUCUGGGCUGUUUUUGGUUUGUGGUGAAAACCUGCCAAAAUUCAGCUGGAUUUAUGUACGAAUCCUCAAAUUCUAUUCAUGGCCCCGUGACAAGUGCCCAUAGGAAUGCAGGAGCGACCGUUCGUCACGCCAGCGUUGGACUUAAAGGGGUUUUCCAGAAUUAGUCAAGCAUAGGCGCUUUCUUCCCCAGAACAGCACCACACCUGUCUUCAAUAUGUGAGAUGCAGUACCAGGCACAACCCGUGGUCAGGGGUGGCGCUGUUUAUGGAGAAAGCAGCCAUAUUUUCCCAAUACAAAUACUUAAAAAAUAGUUAUUUUUAUGUUUCUUUGUAUGUUUCUAGCUAAGCAAAUAUAAGGGGUUUUCAAUUCACUUCCUUCAUUUCCAGUGCCCCGUUUUCCUAGUUCGCUGAGCGUCACGUGACCCGCUCUGAUGGAGCAGGUCUGCCUCUGUGCACGAAACGUGACUGUGGGCUGUGCGGGUUGGAGUGAUAAGCCACGCCCCUGCACUGCUGGUCACGCCCCUGCACUGCCGAUCUGCUGGCUGAGUGGUCUGCCCUGUGUUUCCCUCCCACUGGAUUCUUCAGCACAGUUUAACCCCUUCUACCAUCAGCAGCACAGACGCAGGUACAGGGUUUCCUCUUCUCCAGGCAGUGAGGAGACAAAUGCUGUGCACAGGAUCCUACCUCACUCCUCACUCUGAAACACGGAGCUGACAAAAUCCUCUGUACUCCUAUGCUGGCUGUGAGGAAGUGUCUGCAACAAGAACAGGUAGGGGGAGAUCCUGUGUGUAUCAGCAAUGUUAUUGUACUGUACAGCUGGGACUUGUAGUCCCACACAUACAACAUGAGUUUCCCAGCAGACAAGGCAGCAAUUUUAUUCACUCCCUUUGCAGAGCAGGGCGAGGGGAAAGGCAGUCUUUGUUGACACCUUCAGAGAUUGUUGUUACACGCCCCCACAGCUCUGCAACUGCAUGUAAACAAAAGGGCCAGAACAGAAC